AAGCAUGUGUAAAGGCCCGCUACAGUACAUCCUCUGAUAUUCCCUGUCACCAAUUUCCCCCGCCACCAACUGCGUUCCUUCUCCGUCGAAAAAGAUAUUUGUGCGGAAUAAGAGUUCCUGGAAGUCGCCACAAUCGAAGCCGGGAACAUACGUCUAUUUCACAGAAGUUCUCCUUUAAAGCUGACAAGCAAACGCUGGAGUUUUUUCUGGUUUUAGUGUUUUGGUCUGGAUUUCUGUGGUGUUGGUUGAACUCUUGCUAAUAUGAGUUCGGGUCGUUGCUCGUACAUGUUUCAUGUGCGUGACAUGACUAGGUGACCUGCGCUGGUGAUCCUGACUCACCGGUGUUCCAAAUGGCCAGGUACUGAGUUCCUCGAGCUAAUUUGGUUUUGAUGUGUGAAAGACACGCUGCACGCCGAAAAAACGAGAGAAUAACUUUUCAGAAUCUAGAGUUCAGAGUUCAAUGGCAUUGAGGAACCGCUGUGAGUGCACGUGGAACCUUGCCUUUAGUUUAGUUCUUCGUAGAUUAUCUUCGCCACACCUGAACUUCUGCGAGAAAAGCCAAACUGAGAUUUGACACAGUGUGUGGGGAUUUCCCAGCCUUGUCUCGUGCGAAAGCUGGGGCAUUGCGGCUUAAGUGACCUGUUGACACGAGCGAAGGCCUACGAAAUUCUUUAUCGCAAGUCUUCUAUAAUUUCGGUGUAUCUAGCAGAAAUCGUAGUGUGACGCAUGGGUAUAGUCUUUUUGUAGAACAAUGAUGGACACCUUCACUUGCCUGCAUUACUAGUCACAGUCGCGUUUUUAUUUAUUUAUUUAUUUUUUUGGUUUUGGAUUUUCUUCGGAAAUAUAUAUAUAUAUUUGAAUUGAAUUUUACUGCGAUUUGUAAGUGGAGUCCACACACGUUAGAGUGGAGGUGGCCAACCAAAAACCUGCAUAUUUUGUACUUAUAAAGGAGUGAAGUCCCGGCUAAGGUGGCGUUUAUCAGGUUUAGGCUAUGUAGCAUAACAAUAUUGAAUUUUGUUUUAGUGAGGGAGCUUGCAGUCUGUUCUUUAAUUGCAAGCGAACCAUUGUAUGGGCUGGCAUGUUGUAAGUUUAGAUUUUUCACCAGGUUCGUGCUAUGGUUGAUCUCAGUUGGUACAAUUUGUGUAAUGAGUAGUCCACAAGUCGGCUGAGAUUUUGCUGAGGGUGAAGAUUCGCUGUAAGAUGUGUUGCAUUGCAUAAUGAAAUCCUUGUACAUAAUGAUGCAGUAUCAUUACGCUCUCCCAACUUCUUAGAGUUCUCGAGAAUUUUGAAUAUAUUCUAUUUUAUUACAUGUACGAUGAGGCUUGCGUGUUUUACUGAGACGAUUAAGUGUUGUAGAUUUUUGCGUGAAGCCCUGAUGAGGAUAGUGGACGUCGAUUAGUCGUUGGAUGCAGCUAAUUCACUUUCGAGGGUAACCUUUGGGCGUUAUAGAUUUGCUUCGGGCUGUCAAUCCUCGACGAUCAUAUGGUUGCUGCAGCUUUUCUUCCAUCAUGGUGCAUUUUCGAUAAUUUUCGUAAGGAACAGGAACUGGAGUUUGGGUUGGUUGAUGUGCAUCGCCAACACGAUCCUGAGUAGCUGUAGAGGAAUUGGGUCCGUAUGGAAGUUUGUGGUGGAUGUCAUAAUUUGACAUGGCAGCUGCACCGUCUACAUGCAAAUAAAUUCAUUUGAAAGGAAUGGCGUUUGUACUUGGUGGUCAAUCAACGAAAGAGCUUCUGUAUCUUCAGGCUUGGACUCUACCUUAAUGGACUAGCAGAGGCGCUACAGUUGUCCACCUGUUUCUUUGUGAACCCGAAUCUAGUCUAUCGAAUGAAUUCAGAUACAGUGAUGGCUUCUUUGGCACAUUUCUCCUCGAUCGCCUUGUCAGAAAUGUUUGUCUCGACUUCAUACAUGUCGUUGGAACGUUGGUAAUUGGCUACAAAUUUUUUUGUGGCCUUGGUGUCAAACUUUCCUCCUUUUCAAAGCAAAGGGAACCCUAAUGCUCGUCAGAAUUCAUGGAAGGGAGCAAGCAAGCAGGAACAAUGACUGCAGGGGAAAGUAGCAGAAGUGAGCAUAUUCUGAUACCGCAGAGCAAUGCAGCUCUGUGCGAAGAAUUCAAUUACCGGUUAGGGAAAACCUUGGGGAUUGGGGCUUUCAGCAAAGUCAAGUCUGCAAUUCAUAUUCUUACUGGCCAGAAAGUUGCCAUCAAAAUUAUCAACAAAGAGAAGAUGAAGGAUAUGGAAGACAAAGUUAGGCGAGAGCUGAAGAUUAUGCAGAUUGUCACGCAUCCACAUGUAGUACGUUUGUACGAAAUUAUUGAAACCUUUUCAGACAUAUAUGUGGUUAUGGAAUACGUUGAAUCCGGAGACCUGUUCGAUUUCAUUGUGCUUCAUGGCCGUUUGCAUGAAGAUGAUGCUCGUCAUUUUUUUCAGCAGUUAAUAGCAGGUGUGGAGUAUUGUCAUAGGAACAGGGUUGUACAUAGGGACUUGAAACCUGAAAACUUGCUGCUGCAUGCGAAGAGGCGGAGUGUUAAGAUUGCAGAUUUUGGACUAAGUAAUGUUAUGAACGAUGGACAUUUCCUCAAAACAAGUUGUGGAAGCCCCAAUUAUGCUGCUCCAGAAGUAAUACAGCGAAAGUAUUACGCAGGUCCUGAAGUUGACGUUUGGAGUUGCGGUGUGAUAUUAUAUGCUAUGCUGUGUGGAAUCCUGCCGUUCGAUGAUGAGAAUAUUUCCAGUUUAUAUCAGAAAAUCACGGAUGGUAUUUAUACUCUACCAAGUCACUUAACCUUCCAAGCUAGGGAUCUGAUCACUAAGAUCUUGAAGACAGACCCUCUCACUCGAAUCACCAUACCCGAAAUACGGUGUCAUCCCUGGUUUCAGCUGCAUCUUCCUCGCUAUCUUGCUUUGGAGACUCCUCAAUAUAUUAAAAGUUUGAAAGUUAUUGAUGAAGAUGUUUUAAAUUUAGUUGAGAAAAUCGGCUUCGACAAGGGUUGGCUGAUAGAUUGUCUUCAGAGGCGAGAGCAUAAUAAGGUGGCUUCAAUACCUAUUGUUGAUUGUUGGCUCUUGUGGUGUCUGUUCAAGAUUUGCUGUGAUUUCGUGAAAAUACUUGCUGGAGCAUUUAUCCCGGCCAGAUGAUAUAUCUGUGGGGUAUGGCGUGGUGACUUGGGGCAGGCAACGGUGACUUACUACCUAUUGCUAGACAGUCACCUAUCUCACAACCCAGAGCAUUACCUUGAAGGUAAUCUUACUCUGAAGAACUGGUGAGCUACAGAUUCUGAGUAGCAAUGGGGCAAGGAGACACGCUUUAUGUUUGAUGAAGAAAUCAAGUGCUCUUGUAUUCAUGGCGUCAUUUAAUGCGCAAUUGUUUCUGGAGGUUGAUCUGUGGGUAUACUUGGUGAAAUUUGUCAUCUGAAGGUACCAUGGAACUUUUGUAAUGGAGUUAUUCUACCUCAACUGUAUAAAUUUAGAUUUGUGGUACAUGAUGGUUGGGAGUCUAGCACCUAGAGCCCCUAAAGAAUAGUUCUAUAUGGGUACUGCCCUACUGAAAUUUUCGCUAUACAAAUGAGGUUCAUUCAAUAGUGGGGUAUCAAUGUGAUUAACUCUUGCACUUAGGGGAUCAAAUUGUAAGAUUCUAUAAUUUUAUGUGGAGGGCCCCGAAUGGGUCAGUGGUAUGUGGAGACCCCCGAACGUUGCGUAUGUGUUAAAAUUCAUUCCACUUCUUCAUAAUAUUUUGUAGAAUAGCCAGGCCUCAUUUCUGAAGGGUAUUUAGUUCUUUUUAAUAUUUCUGUGAGGUUACUAUUACUUCAGUCUCCUUUAUUGACGAAUUUUAGCUCAUAAUCUGAAAGUACAAAGUAGACUUCCAGAAUUGCCUUAGUGGUUACACCUAGGCUUUAAUUGCUUAAAAUAAAAUUUGUUCCGCAAUCAAGGAUUUUUAAUCCUUUUCUUAUCAA